UGAAUAGGAAAAGAAGGUCAAUUGUACGACGCCGGCGCGUUUACCUAGUUGGCGACAAAUUGCAUCCACUACACACAGACAUUUAUGGCCCCCGACUGACAAAUAUGGCUCGCCUCCAUGCGAGGUUACCCUGUUAUUGACCUCAAUUUUUCGACAGUCGAUAUCUUGCCUGCACUUUCCACAGCAUCAACUAUGACGAAAUAUGGCUUCCCGAAACAUGUCCGCGCAGUCGACGGUAGAACUACUUGAGAUCCAUGGUCUCCAAGACAUGAAGAUCCAAGUCGACAGCAACACGAACCUCACUCGACCGUUUAAAGGAUCUCAUCAUACAAUCUUAUCUUUAUCCAGAAUCCAUACUCUGGACAUUGUCGGGACUUUGUUCGCUCCACAACCACCAGAGAGCACCUGCAAUCUACUCGAUCCAACAGCCCAAGCACCAUGGCCUUAAAACCGAACAGCGACCCCCACCGCAAAACCUGCCUCAUCCCCUACGUGGAUCCCGACACUGCACCCUCAGUCAUCCAGGAGCGUCUCAAAGUCCUCCCCUUCCGGCGCAACAUCCUCCUCAUCCUCGCUCACUCCCAAGGCCUCUUCCCCCACAUCAGCGGCCUGCUGGGGGCCUGUUUCGACGGCAAGCAGCGGAAGCUCUCGCUGUUUGACUGGCAGGUAGUGGUGCUUCGAGUGUCCCGCGCUCUCGAUGCGAAGUAUGAGUGGGAUGUCAACGUUCCCGUGGCCGAGGCGUUCGGCUUCCCCCCGGAGAAGGCCGAGGCCAUGGGGUGCUCGGCGCAGGACGUGGUCGAGGGGAAAGGCCCGUGGAGUGAGCGGGAGCGGGCGAUCUUGCGGCUAGUAGAUGAGCAGCUGAAGGGAACUACCAACAAGCCGGACACGGUGAAGGAAGCUCUGCAGCACUUGGACGUGGACGAAGUGGUGGAGGUGUUGGUCAUGACGGGGAUCUAUGCGAUGUUGGCGGGGGUGAUGAGGGGGUUGAAGAUUGACGACGAUGAGGUUAUUCCGGACUUCCAGGAGAAGAUCAGAAGUGCUGUCUCUGAGAAUUGAUUAGGGGCUGCGGAAUGCAUAUACUUUCUGAUUGCGAAGCUUUGAUUCCUAUACUUACACUAAGGUAGGUAGUCCAAUC